UAAUUUAAAGUUCGAACCCUAAAAACACAAAUCAGGGGUUAGAUUUCAGAUAUUUUUGCAGCAAGCACGCGCCCUAAGAGAGAGAGAGAGAGAGAGAGAGAGAGAUUUAUCCAUUCGAAGAGACUCCAACGAGGACGCUCGCUCUCGUCUCCAAACCUCGGUUUCUCGAUUUUGAUUGAUUCAAGUGGUGGGGAUCUGCUUGGGCUCUAGAUAUACUUGCACAUCGUAAUGGCUGAGCAGAGGAAUAACUAUGGUAAGAGAUCCUAUUCUCGAUCUGACCAUCCUGGAGAUGGGGGUAGUAAGAGGAGAAAUCCUUCUGAUGAAAGGGACCAGAACGCUAUUGGGUCAGAGGAUACUGUAUACCGUUACUUGUGCCCUGUGAAGAGAAUUGGAAGUAUUAUCGGAAAGGGUGGUGAGAUUGCAAAGCAACUGAGAGCAGAAACUCAUUCAAGGAUCAGGAUUGGGGAGACUGUGCCUGGAUGCGAGGAGCGUGUCGUCACUAUUUAUAGUUCAAGUGAGGAAACUAAUGAAUUGGAAGAUAUUGGAGAGCUUGUUUCACCAGCACAGGAUGCUCUAUUCAGGGUUCAUGACAGGAUUGUUGCUGACGAAUCACUUGGUGAAGAUGAAUUUGAGGAUUCUCAGCAAGUUACUGUUCGAAUGCUUGUGCCGUCAGAUCAGAUUGGAUGUAUUAUUGGGAAAGGGGGACAAGUAAUUCAAAAUAUGCGUACUGAAACUCGUGCCCAGAUUCGAGUUCUAAGUCAUGAGCAUUUGCCACCUUCUGCCUUGAAUUCUGAUGAGCUUCUCCAGAUAACUGGGGAGCCCUCUAUUGUCAGGAAGGCCCUUUAUCAAGUGGCAUCUCGCCUCCAUGAUAAUCCAUCACGAUCUCAGCACCUUCUGUUGUCAUCAUCUUCAAUGUAUAAAUCUGGUGGUGCAUUUAUGACCCAAAGUGGAAGUGUGCCACUUGUGGGUGUAUCUUCAUUGAUGGGUCCUUAUGCAGGAUACAAAAGUGACGUUGGGGAUUGGUCAGGCUCUGUAAGGGAAUUCUCAUUACGUUUGGUUUGUCCAAUUGAAAACAUUGGAGGUGUAAUUGGCAAAGGUGGUGCUAUUAUCAACCAAAUAAGGCAGGAGUCUGGUGCAUCCAUCAAGGUUGAUAGUUCAGGUGCUGAAGGAGAUGAUUGCAUUAUAUCCAUAUCAGCAAAGGAGUCAUUUGAAGAUCCAUCGCCAACCAUUGACGCAGCAAUGCGCUUGCAGCCAAGAUGUAGUCUGAAAACUGAAAAAGAAUCUGGUGAUUCUGUAUAUACUACCCGCCUUCUAGUUUUGAGCUCACGAAUUGGAUGUCUUAUUGGUAAAGGAGGGGCCAUCAUUACAGAAAUGAGAAAUGGCACAAGAGCAGCCAUCCGCAUUCUUUCAAAGGAAAACCUUCCUAGAGUUGCUUCAGAAGAUGAGGAGAUGGUGCAGAUUACUGGGGACCUCAAUGUUGCAAGCAACGCCCUUCUACAAGUAAUUAUGCGGUUAAAAGCCAAUGUAUUUGAAAUGGAGGGAGCUUUAGCUGCAUUGCCACCUGCUCUGCCAUAUCUCCCUGUUCCAAUUGACAUGUCAAAUGGUUCAAAAUAUGGCAACCGUGAUAAUAAGUCACGUGGACGGGGAUAUGCUGCUUACUCUGAUGGAUAUGGCACCAAUGACUUGUCUCUGAGCGACAGUUAUGGUGGUUUGCAAGUAAACUCAUCUAGUGGUGCUGGAAAUGCAUAUGGAGCUUAUAGCAUUUACUCAUCUGGUCGGUCUGGUGGUGCUGGGUUAUCUGGUCAGAGCCCUGUUUCCCAUGGAAAACAUCAUGGCUAUUAGACUCAUAGAUUAUUGGGGACUACAGCUCUAUCUACAAUGCCUGAAGCCAAGACCAUUGCCCCUUUUGAUGAUGUCUCCAGCCUAGACCUGAGGACCAGACGAACAGCAUUUAAGAAAUUAUGUUCCACCCCGUCCUACCUUAAUUUGUUUUGUUGUCAACUAUUUUAAAUUUAUUAUGGCCUUAGAACCUAUUUUCACCAAGCCAAUGUAGCCAACUCAUCCGACUGUUGGAGCAGCUUAUUUACUUGUGUAAAACAUAUGAAUGGUGGCCAUGAUGGUUUCCUCUUUACUUCUUUAUUUUCAGGACUAGAUUAGACUACAAAAGAAAGAUUGCAUUGGUCUAUUGGAUUUAUGCCCCAUACAUUGUACAUGCGUGCCUGCUCUAGAUGUUGCUUUUGCAGUAAUCUUGGCUUCUGAUUCCUAAAGAAGGGCAUAUUUGCCUGUCUUCAGAUUCUAGAAAGAAGGAAUUGCUUGAUCCCACUGUUGUUAGUAUUGGAUUAUGGUUGAAAUUGGUGAUAGCAAGUAGACUUUAUAACCCACAAGUUGCUUUGAGGGAUGUAAUUUUUCUCUUAUGAGAAUCAGUUUUUGAAGUUGUGAUUUUGAAACGAAUACCAUGGUUAAGCUAUCAGUUUCACAGUAGCUCUGGGGAUGAUUUCUGAAUUGAUGCUUUGUGCUCAUAUCAAUGUUGAGGGCUUAACUGCAUAUUAUUGAUGUCAAGAUAUUAUGAUUAUAUGGUAAAAGGUGUGUACUCUUUUCUUU